CCUGCAGAACACCUUUUCGAGAAAUGUUCAUUAUCAUCCUCACCCACCAACCGUCAUAAUGCCGACAUCUCAAUAGCAAUUGCCAUCGUUCGGCUCUCUUUCACACCCGUGGACCUUGAUGUGAUGAGAUCUUUCACAUCCCAGACAUCCCAGACAUCAAAGUUGUCACGGUUCACCGGGAUGAUGAUGAUUAAGAGGUGUGCUAUUAUUAAUGGGGAAAUAUUAGUGGAAGAGGGAGACGCUUUAUCCGAUCCUUAUUCGGUGGAUGAGAUGACCAAGUUUGAUUUGUGCAC